AUGUCGAUCUUCUUGUUUCUGGUUGCUGGGUUGAGUUACUGGCUGGCGGAGAGCGCGCGGCAACACGCCGUGCAAAAGUCGCAGAGACUAGAAGAGGCGCGUAGUCAGCAUCCGGACCUCGCUCCGAACCUGAAUCGCUGGUCCGACCUCGAUGCCGCCACUUGUUCUUCCCAGCAGCUGCUCCAACACCUCGACCAGCUCCACCACCAACAAUUCCCAGAACCUCAUCGUGUUCGUCCCGGCGGUAACGACUCGCUCACACACAUUGAGCGCCUCCUCUUCUACCUGCCACACCGCCUCGCUGACUGGCUAAUUCGUCCUCCGCUGCGCCACGUGCCGCGUGCUCUGGGGCGCGCUCACCACGCCCCGAUAUGGGCGGUCCUUGACCAACUCCUCGAGCCGCCUGUCUCCGCAUUCCUCCGCACACACGAGCGGCCGGGCUUUCGCACCUCGACGACGUAUAUCGAGGACGAAGCGGAGGAGGGCGGACGAAGAGAAGAAGAGGCGGAACAGCAGGACGUAUGGCAAGAUCAGGAGGAAGACAUAGUGUCAUGGACACCAUAUGCGCGCCUCGUCGCCCGCGCGCAACGCCUCAAGCAGCAAUUGGAGCACGUCCGCGAGUGUUCACCCACCAACCUCUUGGCCUGUCUGGUCCGCUUCCAAUUAAUUCUCGAUCCCCUCGUUCCGAUCCUUGAGGAAGGCCGCAAGCUCUGCAACGAUACCGCUACUCGACUGACCAAUAUCCUGCCGUUGGUUUCUUCGCUGGACCAUCGCAUCUCCGUCUCCCAGGAAGAAAUACUGCGUCUCCGACCUCUGGUCCGGUCUGCCGCUCCCGACGUGGCGACCAACCUUACUUCCAUCCUCCUCCUGCAUCUUAUAACCGGGACAGUCAAUGUAGAACUUGGCUCUCUCCGCGAUGCUCUCUCGGCACACGUGAACACACACAACGAUCUUAUCGCCUUUCUGGACGAUCAGCCAGCUCGUCUUCCCUCGAGUAAGAGACUGGACUUCCUCAGUACGCAGCUCACCCUAUACCUGGAUGAUUUUCUUACUACUCUUGAGCUUGACAUGCGUGCUCUUGCUACGCACGCAGGCAGAACGUUUCUGUGCACGUGGGCUUGGGAGCACCUCCGUCAGAAGGAAGAAUGUCUGUUCCCGAAGCAGAUCCAUCAGCUCAAAGGCGAUUUGGACAGGACCUUCCAUGGAUGGUGGAAUGGAGAGGAAGAAGGAGAGGACGAUGAAGUGGAGGUGUUUCGUCAGGUUCGUAUGCUAGAGAACGUCGACUGGAUCCUAACUACGGACCAAGUGGAGCAGAGAAUUGUAGGCUCGAGGGAGGACUUGGAAGUCGAGACAGAGAUCUUAGAGAGAGCAGUACGGGUAGAUGGAUGGGAGAGCGUCUUUGGAGGGAAUCGCUUAAGGUGCCAGAGGUUUAUAGCCGAGGCGGAAGGGAAAGGAAAGGCGGAAAAGACAGGGAGGGAUUAA